AUGGUCAUUAAUCAUAUUUCUCUUCAUUUUAAAUUAUUUUAUAUUUAUUUUGUACGGGUGGAACGGACCCUAUAUUUUGGAACCCGCGAACUGAACGGAAUUUUCAUGUUCUUGUUGAGGAGUCGUAGCAUCUGCGGCAACAAGAUGACAAUUGACAAUGCUGAGAAGUAAAAAAAGCAUACACUAGAAGCCAGAAUGGCGAAAUUUCGGCUUUUGGCGAGGGCCCCUGAGGGAGUCUUUGGAGGCGUUGGAAGGAACUGCAACUAUCAAAUGCAUUAGAUGUAGAAGUAAAAUCAAUCCGACUAUGAACGAAAUCAAGUCUCCAAUUACAGUGGAAGUCGAAACACUUGCAUAUCAUCAUCAUCAUCUUACUAGCAUUCCUGAUUCGCGACCCCACUCUCCAGUCUACGAAUCGCUUCUUCAAGCAGGUCCCCGUUUGAGACACCUCCAACAAGUUCAUGCCCGUAUUAUCGUUUCCGGAUCCCACAGAAGUCGAUCCCUCCUCACCAAGCUUAUUUCACUGGUUUGUUCUGCUGGCUCAAUCGCCUAUGCUCGUCGGUUGUUCCUCACUGUCCCAAAUCCUGACUCUUUCCUCUUUAAUUCCCUCCUCAAAGCGACUUCAAAGUUCGGUUACUCUGUUGAUACCGUCUUGCUUUACCGUCAUAUGCUUAUUUCCGAUGCUCCCCAUUCGAAUUACACCUUUACGUCCGUGAUCAAAGCCUGCGCAGAUCUUUCCGCUCUGAGGUUGGGUAGAGGUAUUCAUUCUCACGUUAUGGUUUGUGGUUAUGGUUCAGACAUGUAUGUUCAGGCUGCACUAAUUGCUCUCUAUGCCAAAGCUGGUGAUAUGAAAGUGGCCAAGAAGGUGUUUGAUGAAAUGCCACAAAGAACAAUUGUGGCUUGGAACUCACUUAUAUCAGGGUACGAGCAAAAUGGAUUCCCGGCAGAAUCAAUUGGUUUAUUUCAUCAGAUGCUGGAGUCCGGCUUUCAACCUGAUUCAGCAACAACAGUGAGCUUAUUGUCUUCCUGUUCUCAGCUGGGGGCUCUUGGUUUAGGUUGCUGGUUGCAUGAUUAUGCUAAUAGUAAUGGUUUUGAUCUCAGCGUGGUUCUUGGUACUUCUUUGAUUAACAUGUACACUAGAUGUGGGAAUGUGAGCAAAGCGCGUGAAGUUUUUGACUCCAUGAACAAAAGGAAUGUUGUUUCCUGGACAGCUAUGAUUUCAGGGUACGGGAUGCAUGGUUAUGGCGAGCAAGCAAUGAAGCUUUUUGGUGAAAUGAGAGCUUAUGGUCCUCCUCCUAACAAUAUUACGUUUGUUGCAAUCUUGUCUGCAUGCGCUCAUUCUGGGUUGAUUGAUGAUGGUCGCCUGGCAUUUGCCAGCAUGAAGGAAGUAUAUGGGUUAGUUCCAGGAGUAGAACAUCAUGUUUGUAUGGUAGAUAUGUUUGGGCGUGCUGGACUGCUUAAUGAGGCUUAUCAAUUUAUAAAAAAAUGUCUUCCUGAAGAGCCAGGUCCAGCAGUUUGGACCUCAAUGCUUGGGGCUUGUAGGAUGUAUAAAAAUUUUGACCUUGGAGUUGAGGUUGCUGAACAUCUUUUAGCAGUUGAUCCGGAAAACCCUGGUCAUUAUGUAAUGCUUUCUAACAUAUAUGCGUUGGCUGGUAGGAUGGACCGAGUGGAGAUGGUACGAAACAUGAUGAUUAGACAACGCCUAAAGAAGCAAGUAGGCUAUAGCACAAUAGAGAUCAAUCGAAGAACAUAUUUGUUUAGCAUGGGUGACAAGUCCCAUCCUGAGACAAAUGCAAUCUAUAGGUAUUUAGAUGAAUUAUUGUCUCGCUGUAGUGAAUUGGGCUAUGUGCCGGCACCUGAAUCCUUGAUGCACGAUUUGGAAGAAGAGGAGAGGGAUCAUGCCCUUAGAUAUCAUAGUGAGAAGCUGGCACUAGCAUUUGGGUUACUUAAAACCAAUCAAGGAGAGACUAUUAGGAUUGUGAAGAACCUUCGGAUAUGUGAGGACUGUCAUUCAGCAAUUAAACACAUCUCUAUCAUUGCUGAUCGAGAAAUAAUUGUUAGGGAUAAAUUUCGUUUUCACCACUUCAAAGAUGGUACAUGUUCUUGUUUUGAUUAUUGGUGAUAAUUUCCAUUCAUUACCUUCAGCUCGAGUAUUCUAUCUGUUACAGAGAGCCCAUUGAGUUUUUGAGCUAAUCCUCCACCAAUCAUGGAAAGGUUGCUGAGUUUUAGAAUUGAUGAUAAAAUUCUAUCACAAGGUCUUCAGUUGGUGUUUUUAAAUAGGUGGGUUAUCCGGUUGAAAAUUUGAAGUAGCACCAGAUAAAAUCUCUUUGGCUCUUUGGGCGAGUGCAAUGCUAAUUGUGUUCUAAUUUGCUAUUAAAAACUGGAAUGUACUGGGUAACCGGCAGGCUUGAAGCUGCUUAUGCAGUUAUCCUCUUUGAUUCAAGCUUCAGCACCAGGCCUGAGAAGUUUUGUACAAGAAUUUAAUCAUUUAAAGGAACAUUACAGAAAAAUAAUCAGUAACGGUUCAACUCUAUUCAUUUGAUUAGUUAACAUAUGAUUGACUACAAACUGGAUUUUCUAAGGAGGAGAAGCAGGUAGCUUCUAAUGUUUUCUGCAACAUUGCAAGAUUACAAUGGAACUUCCUAUAUUUUGUGAAGUUAUAAGGGAGAAUUUUUUGUAUUUAUUUAUUUAUUUUUUUUUUGUUAACAUACUUCUGAGAAAUGUAGAAUAAAUGAAAAUUUGAGGGAAAGAUGUUUAUUGCUCUACGAAAUUAUUCAUUCUUUAGUAACUUUAGAUAAUAUGGGUCUAGGACCAACGAAUGUUUUUGUUCCUUGCAUCAACAUGAUCUCAAAUAACGUUGACAUUGAUCCCUCCCAAGUGAACAUGUAUUUACGAGAUCCAGCUUCUUGCAUUGGUGCGGGGUUUUGGGAGAGAGGUGGAAGCAACUACUACUGGGUACAAACUUUUUUUUUUUAAGUACAACAUGUGGGGGGUGAAGAUUCGAACUCAUGACGUUUUGGUCCGAGAUAGGUGUCUUAACUACUUGAGCUAUACUCGGUUUGACUUUACUGGGUACAAACUGAUAAGGCAGCAUCAUGAGCGACUGGGUUCUUAAGCCUUACAGGGCUUUGUUUGGCUGUUGUCAGGUUUAAAAUUGUGCCAUUUCAUAAUUAGAUUCUUGAAUCGGUGAAAGUGGAUAUCAUUUAUCAUCUAUGCACGCUUUCUUUUGGUUGUUCUUGCAACUCAGUUCUUGCCGGUUUCAAGUUUGGCGAUGGAAAUUUCAUUUAUUCUGAUAGACUGAAAUCCUUCAAAGUGAACGAUGAAGUGAUUAGCUCUUAUAUGUUCCUCCUGCGAUUGGUUCUUUUAGCUAUUCAUAAUUUACAAUUUGCAUCCUGGCUCUGCUCCAUAUAGACUUCUUGUUCUCAAGCUUUUCAAAUUCAUUAGAUACCUAAUACUUUGAAAUGAGCUUUUCAACCAAACAAAUAACUUUUCGUUCAUUUUCCCACUGAGUAAAAGCUUUGGUGACGUGCUGGUGUGGUUUGAACAUCUUUUAGUGAUGUUGAUUUUGUAUUUACUGCUUUUGGCGCAGAUGGAGCUUCAAGAAGCAAACAUUGGAAUUUAAACUACAUAUCAUAAUACAUAAUCAAAUAUUGUUUUGUAUUCCUUCUGCUCUUCCAUUAUUUACAUGUCAUAAAUUACAAGUCUGCUGUGGUUUUAUGUUGUCUUAAUGAGCUUAUUCCACACGGCUUUUACUUUUCCAUCAAGUUACUGAAGCUUUAUAACGUUAACUUCUCAAUAAAUUGAGGGAUCAUAAAACGGUCUGCUGUCUGCUGUGUUUUUACGUUGUCUUAAUUGGCACAAAUAUUCCACAUGUCUAUACCUUUUUUGUUCAGUUACUGAAGCUCUAAAAUGUUAAUAUCUCAAUAAUUUGCGGGAUCAUAAAAAAGGUUAUCGAUGUUUAAGUCCAAAAUGCACCUAAUAUAAUGAUUGUUCUUACAUUUAUGGGAAGUUGUAGCUUCACCUAAAUUUUCUUUGAUGCUAAUUCCUCGUACAAUUGUGCUUCUAUCUAUGUUCUUAUCGCUAAUUGCUCAAGUGUCAGAUGUAUAAAGUUAGGGGAUAUUUUGCAUCGCGGUUGACUUGGAUGCUGUUCUGUUGAUGUUUCUAUGUUUAUGGUUAUUCGCUGCCCACUCGGGGAUUCAACUUUUAAGAAGCUCUUUGUAGGGGCUUGGACAUCGUUAAUAUGAGUUGAUGUUGAAGAAGGUUCUCUUGCUUAGGCUCAACCUAACCAACAAUUGGUAGACUGGCCAACACUGCUGAUGCAGAAGCUGUUUAAGCCGUUGUUGAGGAACAUGUAAUGGUCUUUCCAAAUUGAAUCGAACAAGAGAGACGUGAUGCCUCGAUGAGCUGAUCAAGUCUAAGAGGACUGGUCUAUGCUUUGUUGUCCAAUGCAAGCAACCAUUUCUUCCCUUCGAGAGAUGCAUGAAAAUGGAUUGCAAAUUGCAGUUUAGUGGUCCAACCAACACAUGGAAAAAAUCAAAAUGGGGAUGGGAAACUUUAUGAGAAUGAGAGAGAUGAGUGAUCUGUAACUUGACAAUUGGUCUAUGUCGUGCACUUGGUGCUGUCCCAUAUAUGCCAACAACCCAAUAUCCUCCACAAACUUUGUUAGAUACAGCAGCUUUGUUGCAGCUUUUAAAAGAGAGAGAAAGUACAAGCCAUGUUAGCAGCAAGAUCAGAUUUUAGAGGUUAGGAAGACAGGAAAUAACCAACCAUAACUAUGACAACAAAUUCGGCAGACAAAAAGAAAGCCAGAAACUAGACACUUUUACUACCGAAGUACCAAGCGAUGUAGAUUCAAUAAUUUUAACAAGUCCUAUUCAAAGUACAAUUUACUAUGACAACUCCUCUUUUAGGAACCAUCGAAGGGGAGGGGAAGGGAGAAUUUUUGAACUUUUGACAAUCAAAGUUGUGGAGAUUACGAAUUAUAGCAGUGGGAAAAGUGAACUUUUCUUAACAUCCCCACUUUCAUACAGAUAAACGUGGCAGAGUUGUGGCUUUCUUUUUCCAGAGGAUCACUAGAAUCUGGGAGCAGAUGGAUUCAGAGCCACAACAUUGAAAAAGGUAGAAACAAAAUCACAUUGAAAUCCACCCAAAAAGUGUAAAGGUAAUGGUGAAGUUUAUAUUAUAAUAAUAAUAAUGCAAGUGGGAACAAAUGCCAAUGCGCUGUUACAAUUGAACCCACCACCAAAUUCAAAUUAUGCCUAAACAAACACUAAAUAAAAAGUUGUAUUGUGUUGCUUUGUCCUCUGUUUCUCACCAACAUGUGCUUGUUGAGUUUGCUUCUGAGCUUA